CGACGACCUCAGGUGAUAGUUCACCGUGCAAACUCACACACCCCGGGCAUCUCGAAGCAUCACACAAAUGUGGGUGGGGUCGCUUUUUGAUGCGCAACCAGACAGCAAACGUGCACUACACAGCAACCCCCCCCUCCCCCAAAGUCCCUUUAAACUUCAGUCAGAACAAAUAGCCUGCAGGAGGACAGAGAGGGAGGCGUGGGGGGGCUCUACUUCCCUUUAGUCUCAGGCAAAGAUCGGUGAGAACAGAGAGUUACAUCGAGCUUUAAGGAGGAAUAACCCUGACUGGGCAGAAGCAGCACCUGACCGAGCACUUGCAAGUCUCCGAGUCCCUCCCGAGUAUUUAUCACCAUGGCAUGGCCGUGCAUCACGCGUGCUUGCUGCAUCAACCGCUUUUGGACCGAGCUGGACAAAGGGGACAUCGCGGUGCCUUUGGUUUUCACCAAAUACUCGGAUGUGGCCGACUUGCAGCAUUUUCCCCAUCACCCGCAGCCGAAACUGAAGAGGGCCGGAGCCAUUGCCAUAGAAACCCAGCCCCAUCCCGGCGAGCAGGAGGCUGGGAAGGCACCGCCCGCGACGGGUGCCGCAGCGGGCAAUGACGGCUCUGCGUCCGUCAUGCGCCAAGACUUCAAGGCGUGGAAAGUGCGCCCCGAGCCCAGCUGCAAACCCAGAAAUGAGUACCAACGCUCGGCAGCCCCGUUCAACACCGAAACGCAAUACCAGAAGGAUUAUAAACCCUGGCCUAUACCGAAGAAGCACGACCACCCCUGGAUCCCCAAACCCAGCCCCACCGCCACCGCCGCCGCCUCCGGUGGGCCGGAGCGCAGCGCGGGGAGCGGAGCGCAGGAGCCUGCGGCCACCGAGGCCGAGAGCGGCGUGGAGAAGAGCGAGCUCGAGGAGAAAACGCAGGAGAAAGAAUCAAAGGAGCCGACGAAGAGGAGCGUGAAGAGGGAAAAGUCAGCAGACAGACAAACGGGCGAGAAGACAGAGGCACAAGUGGCUGCAGAUGUGAGCGCCGAGCAGCGGAAAGGCAGAGCAGCAGCAGACGCUCUCAACAGACAGAUAAAGCAGGUUAUGACGACUUCCAGCAGCUACAGGACUGAGUUCAAGGCGUAUAAGGAUGUGAAACAAGUGAAGGCCAUUAAAGCUCCAUCUCAGUUUAAACCCCCAGUGGAGGAGACCAGUCUGGAAACCAGCUACAGCGCCACAUACAAGGGGGAGCAGGUGAAGGCUCACCCCGCUGACAACAAGCUGAUGGAGCGCAGGAGGAUACGCAGCCUGUACAAUGAGCCUAGCAAGGAACCUGCCAAGGUGGAUAAACCAGUUUCUCGCACCAAACCAAAAAAGACACCAACAACAACAACAGGGAAAAUGGUGAAAAAAUCAAAAGAGAAGCAGAUUGCCAGUUCCCAGUCAGCCAAGAAGAAACCAUCUUUGGGCGCCCCAGAACCCAAACCAGAUGGAGCUGUCACAAAGAAGAGCAAAGAGAUUAGCAAUAGACUGGCUGAAGCGAAGCAGUAAAAGUAGUUCCUCUCUACACUGCGUGAUCAAAAAGGUGACUUGACGAAUUAGGCAAAUUUCUUCCCUUUGGUUUAUUUCCUAACCUGUUGUUUUUGCUGUCCUGUCAUAUAUUGUUCACCUUUGAAUGGGCACUGAUGUUGAGCUUUUAGAAUAAUCCAAAUAAUUUCACUGCAAAGUGUGUGUGUGUGUGUGUGUGUGUGUGUGUGUGUGUGUGUGUGUGUGUGUGUGUGUGUGUGUGUGUGUGUGUGUGUGUGUGUGUGUGUGUGUGUGUGUGAGAGAGAGAGAGAGAGACUGUGUUAAUGUGUGAAAGUAUGUGAUUUCUUGUAUUUUGGUGCACAGAACCGCUUUUAGUAUUGAGCACAUAAUUUGCACAUUGUUUAAAUAACUUCUGUUUGACAUUGAACUAUAAAAAAGCCAUCAGUACACAUGUAGUAUGUGUAUGAUAGGACAUGUUUACCUUUGUCUGAAUGGAUAACAAUUGAGAUCAAAAUUAAAAUGAUUGUAGAAAAUG